AUGAAGCAUCGGAAGCUGGGGCCCGUCGGGCCAAGUGCCACGUGGCACACCCUCCUUGCAGCGAUUGGCCUUGUCCGCCUAGUCUGUUUUGUGAGGCCAGCAGAGGGGGGCGUUUCUGGGCAGCCCAUGUGCAAUAGCCAGGCAAGUGUGGGGAGUACUUUCAUGACGUCCACCAUGACGACGCCCUUCUCCCCGGGUCACUCUCUGGGGGAGUUUUACGUGGACGAGGGAAGGAGCCUCAUGUUCACCACGUGGAACAACGGGGUGUAUAAGUUCCCGCUGUCGCUGGACGGGAGCUACUUGCCCACGUUCCUGUGCCCACAGGCGAAGUUAAUGACCCUGAAUUACCCCAACGCCAGCAAUUUUUCGAUCCCCUUGGCGCUGGACACAGCUCGGGGCAUCCUCUUCGCACCAAGCGAAACAGGCGGCGCAACAACCAAGCCCAUUUGGUAUGCCAUAGAGUACACAGAUUAA